AAACCCAAACCUUCCGAUUCAGCAAAUCCAACGGUGGAGAAUAACCGGGUUUUUUUUUACCCGUUUAUCUGCAAAUUUAACUCCAUAAAAUUUGUCAAGUUAUUUGGGGUUUUUGUCUCUGUCUCUGACUCAGUACCUUCUUUUAAUUCCCUUAGUUUAACGUUUUCUUCACUUAGAUCUCUUCUUGUCUCCGUUUCCUCAUUUUUUUGGUUUUUUUUUAUUCCGAUGAUUAUCAGAUCUUUUCCGUUAAACACCAGCUUAACGGUGUUAAGAUUUUUUAAGCUUUGACUGACGUUGGAGGAGGAGUUAGGCGGAGGAGGAGAGUUGAUCGGAGACGGCGGAGGAUCAGUGUUAAAAAGAUGGGGCAGUGUUAUGGUAAGACUAGUCCAACUAACGAUAAUGACGGUACACCGACCACUACUAUAGUUACUACAGCAGCCGAUCGCAACCAGACUCCGUUACGUCCGUUUACUCCACGUAACGGAGUUAAGAAUACGCCUGCUAGGUCCUCUAAUCCUAGCCCCUGGCCGAGCCCCUAUCCUCACGGUGUUUCUGCUAGUCCGUUACCUGGAGGAGUGUCGCCGUCUCCGGCGAGAGGUUCUACUCCUAGGAGAUUCUUUCGGCGGCCUUUUCCUCCGCCGUCGCCUGCUAAGCAUAUUGCUGCUUCUUUGGCGAAGCGGCUUGGCGGCGGCGGAAAACCGAAGGAGGGGCCGAUUCCUGAGCAUGGCGGCGCGGAGGCGGAGCAGGUUCAGCAGCAGUCGUUGGAUAAGAGCUUUGGUUAUGGCAAGAAUUUUGGAGCUAAGUAUGAGCUGGGGAAGGAGGUUGGGAGAGGGCAUUUUGGUCAUACUUGCUCUGCUAGGGUUAAGAAAGGAGAGCUGAGAGAUCAAUCUGUUGCUGUUAAGAUUAUAUCCAAAGCCAAGAUGACAACAGCAAUUUCAAUCGAAGAUGUCCGUAGGGAGGUAAAAAUUUUGAAAGCACUCUCAGGACAUAAGCAUCUUGUCAAAUAUAUUGAUGCAUGCGAGGAUGCCAAUAACAUUUACAUUGUCAUGGAAUUGUGCGAGGGUGGCGAGCUUUUAGAUAGAAUUUUGGCAAGAGGAGGAAGGUACACAGAGGAAGAUGCAAAAGCUAUAGUUGUUCAAAUCCUAUCUGUGGUGUCAUUUUGUCAUCUUCAAGGCGUUGUACACCGUGAUUUAAAGCCAGAGAAUUUCCUUUUCUCCUCUGCGGGUGACGAUGCUGAUAUGAAGCUUAUUGACUUUGGACUUUCAGAUUUUAUCCGCCCAGAUGAAAGACUUAAUGAUAUAGUUGGAAGUGCAUACUAUGUUGCACCUGAAGUCCUACAUAGAUCUUACAGUCUGGAAGCAGAUAUAUGGAGCAUUGGAGUAAUUUCCUAUAUUUUAUUGUGUGGAAGCCGGCCUUUCUGGGCACGGACAGAAUCAGGAAUUUUUCGCGCAGUGCUGAGAUCUGACCCCAACUUUGAAGAUUUACCAUGGCCUGUUGUUACUCCAGAGGCCAAGGAUUUUGUGAAGAGACUCCUGAACAAGGAUUAUAGGAAAAGAAUGACUGCUGUCCAAGCCUUAUCUCACCCGUGGUUACGAGAUGAUAGUCGCCCUAUACCUUUAGAUAUUCUGAUCUUUAAGCUAGUGAAAGCAUACCUGCAUGCCACACCUUUCAAACGUGCAGCAUUGAAGCCUCUCGCAAAGGCAUUGACUGAAGAUGAGCUUGUAUACCUUAGAGCUCAAUUCAGGAUGUUGGAGCCAAAUAAUGAUGGGAGUGUCUCUCUUGAUAAUUUCAAAAUGGCUCUUGUACGUCAUGCAACUGAUGCCAUGAAGGAGUCAAGGGUUCCUGAAAUUCUUAAUGCGAUGGAGGCCCUAGCUUAUAGGAAGAUGUACUUCGAUGAAUUCUGUGCAGCUGCAAUCAGUACAUACCAAUUAGAGGCACUUGAAGGGUGGGAACAAAUUGCAGCCACCGCGUUUGAGCAUUUUGAAAGAGAGGGUAACAGAGCCAUCUCAGUUGAAGAAUUGGCUAGAGAAUUGAAUAUUGGCCCUUCCGGAUACUCAGUCAUCAAAGAUUGGAUCAGAAACUCAGAUGGAAAGCUUAGUUUACUUGGAUAUACAAAAUUUUUACAUGGCGUGACUGUUCGUAGCUCAAAUACCAGACAUCAUUAGGUUUCUUAGCUUUUGACACAGUUUUUUCUCUUAUGAUUUUUUUUAAUAUUUUUUUCCAAAGUCAUGGCAUUUCGGGGGAAGGGGUUGUUUUUUCGUUUUUAUUUUAUUUUUAUUUCAUGGGUUGGGAUACAAAAAGAUAUGUGCAUAAGUGAAUAUGUUAGUUAAGUCAGGUAUGAGAUUCUUCAGGCGAAACGGGCCUAUUCCCGACUGUUUCAAAGUUUUGAUUCCGAGGUUGCUUCAUUUUAUCUGGCAAGGGAAUGAUUUAUCUACGAAGGGUAAUUGUGAAGUUACAAUUAGUUAAAAUUUGGGUGGUUGCGAUUAUUUUCGAAUUGCAGUUCAACUUUUAGUGACUUGGCUGAUUGAGCUUCAAGUAUUUGGUGAUAUCUGUUGCUGGAAUAGUUCGAGAUAAUGCGUCGAGUUGCUGAUUUAGGAAUUAGGAUAAUGCAUUAUGAUCUCUGGAUUUCAACAAGUUACUGAGAUACUGUCCAAAUUAGUGACAAGGCUCCCAUCGAUCAUCUAUAAGCCUGGUCGACUUCUCUUUCAUUUUGAUUAAACGUUUUUAAUGGAGUUGAGUCUUCCAGGUUGAAUGUGUGAUUCCACCUAAAACUUGUAUUGGCUCGUCUUGCAAUAUGAAAAAUUUCUAUUGCAAUUUGCAUGUUUGUGGCUUCAA